ACAUGACAUGACAUGACAGUCCCGGGCAUGGUCUCGGACACAGGAAGUGCAGGUCUGCACGUUUUCAACUGGGCCAUUGAUUUGGGUUGGAUAGACCAACGCCACUCAAGCUCUUGGGCUUUCUCACGAUAACAUCUAUCGGUAAUCCACCGAAACCACUGAGAUCCCAGUUGCCGGGGCCUCGUAUGCAAGCACCAUAUGUUGCCAAUGCCCAACAUGAUUGCAGCCUCGCACCGUUGCAAUUUUCGCCUUAUCCGUUGGCCAGUUCUUCCUCCCGUUCGAAAGAUGUCUGAACUCCUCCAAACAGAAAAAGCUUCGCAGAUUGACUGCGACAAGAUGACGCUGUUUUAUCCUCAGGCAUGGGCCCAACUGGGGUAUUCGGUAAUACAGAAGCCCAACAAUACCGAACGCAGAAUUCAGGAUUUAUGUACGUCCCAACAGAUCACUGGAGCCACGAAGGCAAGAGCAGUCUCUUGGUAUUCAGACUCCGAGUACUCCGUUUUAAUCGAGCGGCUCGCAAAACUUCCUGGUACACCUCCUACUCGGGUAGCCUUAUGCACCAUUCUGCUCGACAUUUCGCCCAUGUUGCAUCGGCUCAGCCAUCAUCAAUCGCGCACCUUUCUGGGACAUUUUCCUCUCUCCUUUUUUCCCCCUAUCAAGCCCAGCCAAAAUUCACUCCGAGACAGGCCUGCACAAUAUGACUGAAAUCCCACCGUAUGAGAAUGGCUUAGUUUUGUGGUGGUUGCA